GAUCUUUAGUGAUACCUUAUGACCGUCAGUUCCUCAAAAGUCAUCUGGCUGAGAUUUCGACCUCAUAUCGAGUCGACCAAGUGGCGGCGUAUCGUCGUCGAAGGAUGCGACGCCUUGCAUCACUGACAGCAUGUGUUUCAAAUGAACUUAGAGACAGUUAUUUUGUUGUACGAGUUCCCAAGGCAGGAAGGCGAGACCGCCCGACCGCGGCCAAAGCCGUCAAUUGACAUCUCGACUUCGUGAUGGACUGCGACGUCUGUCUGGAGUCUUUCAACGACAAGGACCGCCGCCCCAAAUGCCUCCCCUGCGGCCACACUUUCUGCUUGCGCUGUGUGACGCAGCAGAAGGACAAGAAGUGCCCCAUAGACCGAAAGGCCUAUCGCCCCGUGGCUAGCAACCUUCCGGACAACUUCAAGAUCAUUGAAUUGGCUCAAAGGCCGUCCUCGGUGUGCGGCUGGUGCCGCAGCUGCGAUGCCGAGGCCUCGGAGGGCUGCCUGGACGCGCACCCCAGCGCCAUGUGCAGCCUGAAGCGCGCGCGCCUGGAGGACGUGGAGCCGCGCCUGGAGGCGCUGGCCAGGGGCGACGAGGCGCUGGCGCAGCUGGGGGACAUGAUGAACGCGGCGGCCUGCGACGUCCAGACGCAGGUGCAGGAGUGCUUCGGCCAGGUGGAGCGGGAGCGCUUGGUGCUGGCUGCGGACAAGGGGCGCCAGGAAGCGGCUCUGGCCUCCGAUCCAGCCACCUGGGUCAUGGCGCGCGCGCGGACCAGGCGCCAGUCCGAGAAGAGCGAUACGGUCCGAGUCAAGCUGGAGCCGACUGAGCACUUGGAGCCGACGGAACAGCCAGCGGUCCAGAAACCUCACCUCUUGCACGAUCACGCCCUGGCGCGCGGGGCCGUGCAGCUGCUGGCCGACCUGGCCGACCCCACGGCGUCGUGCGUGGUGACGGUGGUGCGGGGCGGCGCGCUGCAGAGCCAGGUGCUGUGGCGCGGCACGGUGCGGCCCGAGGAGGACGCCGCCUCGCGCCUGCUGCUGUCGCGCAUGCUGUGCGAGGAGACGCUGCGCCGCGAGCUGCCCCUGCCCUCGCUGCAGGUCAAGGCGGAAGCUUUUUCCUACAGUGCGCCGUGGAUGGCGGCCCCUCUGCCUCUGGCGGCGUGGGCUGAGCGCAGCAACGAGACGACGGUGACGGACCUGGAGAUGCAGCUGGCCAUGAAGGUGGGCUCGCGCGUGGUGCGCGGCACGGACUGGGACCCGCGCUGGAAGGACGACGGUGAGCCGCCGGGGGAGGGCACCAUCGUGGCCAUGGACAGCGCGAGCAGCGGCUACUUCGUCAUCUGGGACAGCAGCCCGAACCAGCGCCGCAGGUACUUCAUGGUGCCGCGUUUCUACCGCUUGAGACUGCUGCCAACCCGACCUCAGGCACCGCUGCCCCCACCGAGCGCAGAUGUCCUAGACCUGUCCAGUAUGUCAUCGAGUCCGAAGAAGCCUCUUCCGGACAAGCGUCUCCUCAAUAAGCGCGUGCUGCUGGGGCUGCGCUGCGACGUGCUGCCCAACUGGUGCAAGGCGCUGCUGCAGCGGAUGGCGCCGCAGCUGGAGGCGCUGGCCAUGGUGUCUGCGCAGCAGCAGCACCUGCGCCAGGCCGCCGCCAUGCCCGGCCUGCGCGCCCUGCACCUGUCUGGCCGCGCCGUGGCCGUGGACCCCGUCGUGGACCUGACGGGCGGCGACGACGUCGCGCACCUGGCCGUGGACUCGCUGGAGUACGCCGUGGACAAGGCGCCCCUGCCCGCCCUGCUGCGCGAGCUGCACAUCGAGAACGCGACGCGCGAGCAGCUGAUGCAGGUGCCCUCCCUGGCGUCGCUGCGUCGGCUGGACCUGCACUGUCUGUUCGACGCGCCGCUGCCCCUGAUGAGCUUCGAGCCGGCCGAGCCUCCCGCCGGGCUGGAGUGGCUGCGCCUGGGCAUCUACCCGCUGGUGACCGCGCUGGCCCUGAUCCGCGCCAACGCCGCCACUCUGCGGGAACUGGAGCUGGUGGCCGCCACCAAGGAGCCCUACGGCUGCCCCGACCUGCCGCUGGAGCUGCAGCGCUGCGGGCUGUCCUCGCUGCGCCGCCUGGUGCUGUGGCGCGGCACGGUGGCGGGGGCGUUCUGCGGCCACGACGUGACCGAGUGCCUGGCGCAGAAGGCGGCCAUGCUGAGCGCCCUGGCGCACGCCGCGGUCUUCUGCAGCGAGUGCGACAAGGCGGACCCUGGGCUGGCGGGGGCAAUGGCCGAGUCUGCCAUCGAGACAGGGACGAAACCACCAGGGCCUGCUGCAUUGUCGUUGAUGCUUUCGACAGCAGGGCCUUCAACACCAGGACCGUCAACAGCAGGGCCUUCAACACCAGGACCGUCAACAGCAGGGCCUUCCACGUCACGGUCUUCGACAUCAGGGCCUUCGACAUCAGGGCCUCCACAGGAAGAGCUACUGCUGGAGCUUGAGCUGGCAUGACAGCGACCGCCUGCGCUACCAACGGCUACCGUCUUGCAGUCUUCUGUGUAGGCCCAUCCUUGCAGGGUGACCACUUACUGUGUUUCUCUUUGAUGUAAACUCUCUUUAUUUUGUGUUGGUUCUUUGGUGCCUUGAAGAGGGUCGGCCUUUCGGGUCGCGGUUUCUUUGUGUUUGUUGUGACAGAUUUUAUGUUUUGUUGUUUCAUUUUGAGUUUACUACAUGGAAUUUGGGUUGUGAAAGAAUAAACUCGUGUUGCUCCUUGA